GGCGUUUUGAAUACCAAUGCAGAAACAGAUGCGCUCAUAAAAUUUGUGACGAGUUCGACUGUCGACUGAAUGUUUGCCAUGACUCCGAUGGAGAGCACAUUGGACAUUUGGGAAAGGCCACAGCUGGAGUUCCGCCGACUGGAUGGCGAUGUGGGCCGGCGGCUGGACGCGCUGUUCGGCGUUCCAGACUGCCUGCUGGAAGUGAACCCGGGCCGCGUGCUGCUGCCUCCAGAGUUCAAAGAGCUGGCCGACCGCAUCCUCGACCUCACCGUCUACCCGGACGACGUCUGGCUAGUCUCCUACCCACGCACAGGUAGCACAUGGGCACAAGAGAUGGUGUGGUGCAUUGCCAAUGAUCUGGAUUUCAAGAAGGCUAAAGAAACAAUGCAGCAGUUGAGGACACCAUUGCUUGAGCUUUCAGCAAUUAUGGUAGAUGAUAAUAAGGAAUGGAUGAAAGAACUUGGAAAUUCUGUUGAUUUGGUUGAAAAAAUGCCAAGGCCUCGCUUCAUUAAAAGCCAUUUGCCUCUGGAAUUGUUACCUACACAAAUUAAUGUUGUGAAACCCAAGAUAGUAUAUGUGGCAAGAAAUCCAAAGGAUAUGUGUGUGUCUUACUACCACUACUGCAUGUUGAUUCACAACCUAAAGGGCACAGUUGAAGACUUCUGUGACUUGUUUCUCAAGGACCGUGCUCCUGUUGGCCCUGUAUGGAAUCACAUACUUGGAUUUUGGAAGAAAAGACAUGAACCAAACAUAUUAUUUCUCAAGUAUGAAGAUAUGAAAAGGGAUCAAAAAGGAGCUAUUCGUAAAGCAGCAGCUUUCUUGGGUAAGACUCUCGUGGAAGAACAGGUAAACCAGCUGGCUGAAUACCUCAGCUUUGGUAAUAUGAAGAAAAAUCCAGCAGUAAACCUUGAACCAAUUAUUGCAAGGAAAAAUGGUCCCGAAUUUCUUAAUAAGAGUGACCUGCGAUUCAUUCGGAAGGGUGAAAUUGGAGACUGGAAAAACCAUAUGAGUGAAGAAAUGGCUGCUCGUUUUGAUGCUUGGACUGAAGAAAACAUCAGGGGAACAGGUCUUACUUUUGACUGAAAAAGCAUAGUGCCCAUUCUCCCUGGAAACUAAAUACUGAAAAUGAUUUCCAUCAUUUCAUGUUACAAACAGCUACUGCUCAACAACUGAAUCAGUGCACUUCAAAUGUUGCCCUAUACAAAGCAAAGUACAGCGGUAGUGUGGACUCUGUGAUGCAAAUUUUGUUGGAAUGUGGAUCCUACUGUGCUGAGUUUU